CGAUCGGAUUAGAGGUGAACACCGGAAAUUACGCCAAAGGCGCGAAUAAUAUCAACAAAGAGUGCUUUUCAAGUUUGCUAAACUAUCAUCAUUAAAUUGUUUAAAUAAUUAAUUAAUUUCGUCAGUACAGUGGAGACUAGUAACCGUCCGUUUAUGACAAUGUGAAACCUAAUGUUUUAAAAGCAUAAUUAACGUUAACGCUAAUUUGUAUCUGCUUGUUUGAAUGUUAGCUAACCGGUUACAUGGUUCCUGUCAAAGAGGUUAGCGCAGGUUCUGUCUAAAACUGACAGCAGUGUUAGAUGUUGUAUUUCGAUGAGUUUCUUGUUGAGAAGCUAUAGUAACUUUAAGAUAGUCUCCCAUGCCUAGUUAAGUUUGGUCUGAUUAGAGUAUAGACUUACAUUUACAUACAUUUAUUGUCAGUCCACCAAGAGGAGGAUAACCAUGUCCAAAGGAGACAAGGAAGGCUUCAUUGUGAAGUUUGUGGAAAGUAAAGGACAAAAAACAGAAUAUGCUGUCAAGGCUUAUGAGGCCAUUUUGGAGCUGCAGUCUGAGAAACACUUGAAGACUGUCGAUGAGGAUGCAGUUUUACAGAUGGACCAUAAGGACAAGUCUCUUUUUGUGUUCAGCAGCUUCACCUCUCCAGCCUUUCUGCACUGCAAGAAGCUUGGCUGCCGAGUCGUGAGUCCACUGGUGGUAUUGUACUGCCUGCAGCAGCAGCGUUGUGUCCCCAAAGCAGAGAAGCCCGUCUAUAACAUGGCCAUGGCUGACGUCACUAUUUCUUGCACCAGCCUGGAGAAAGCAACACGGGCAGAGGUGAUGGACCUGGUGCAACUCAUGGGGGGACGGGUCUAUCUUGACCUAAAUGUAUCCGUCACGCACCUGAUAGCAGGAGAGGUUGGCAGCAAGAAAUACCUGGUGGCUGCCAGCCUGGGUAAACCCAUCCUGCUACCCACAUGGGUCAAAGCCUGCUGGGAGAAAUCUCAGGACAGUCUUUUCAGGUAUACAGAUCUACCCAUUGAAGACUAUCUGUGUCCUGUGUUGCGUGGCUGUACUGUGUGUGUGACUGGCCUCUCUAGCACAGAGCGCAAAGAAGUGCAGCGGCUCUGUGAGCAGCAUGGAGCCAACUACACUGGUCAGCUCAAAAUGAAUGAGUGUACACACCUCAUCGUUAGUGAACCAACAGGUCAGAAGUACGAGUGUGCUCGGAAGUGGAACGUGUAUUGUGUGUCUUUGCACUGGCUGUUUGACAGCAUAGAGAAGGGCUUUUGUCAGGAUGAGAGCAGGUACACUGUGGAGCGCAAUGCAUCGAAGACCACUCGACCGCACACAUCUACCCCUACAGGCACCAGCAAGAAGGAGGAGGGUCCAUCUCUGUUGGGCUUGAGCCACAUCUCUGUCAAUGCUAGCAUGACAAUAAAUGACACAGCCCUCACCAAUGGCACCAUCAGCCGCCUGGAGGCUCCAGACCCUAUAGAUAGCCUGGACCUCACCACCUGUCCAGCUGAUGAUAUACUGGAUGGCUGCAAGCUAUAUCUGUGUGGCCUCCCAGGGAAGAAACUGGAGAAGCUGCGGCGUCUUGUGAACGCUGCAGGAGGUCUGCGCUUCAACCAGCCCAGCGAGGAGCUCACACAUGUGGUCAUGGGAGAGCUGGAUCCGGACCUCAAGAACUUUGUCUUUAAAGUGACUCAUAGGCCCCAUGUAGUGACAGUGCAGUGGCUGCUGGACAGUUUCACCAAAGGCAGUUUACUCCCAGAAUCAGGCUACUUCCACCCUGACUGUCCGCCCCCAGCUGUGGCCUCUGUUUCUGUGUCGGCCCGUCAUACUUCCCCCUCCAGACCCUCACUUGGUCCCCCUGCGGCCAGUCCUAGCACUCCCCGGCAAAAGAGAGCAGAAGAGGAUCUGCUUUCACAGUACGUGGAUGAUGACCCAACAGUAGUUGACAUGCCACCACCAGCAACAGAGAGCAACAGCAGGAGGUCAGUGAGUACAGUUGCAGAGGCUCUGCCUGAACCCUGGGCACCAAACCAGACCAGAGGACUAGAGCAGGACUCAACCCUGCAGGAGGCCAGCGAGGCAGGGCUUUUUGUCGGGAAAUGUUUCCUUCUUGUGGGCUUUGGCACUGAGGCAGAAACCCAGCUCUCUCAGCUGGUGACAGAACACGGAGGCAGGGUGCUGAUGGGUCGUACACGGGUUGUGGCUGACUACGCCGUGGUGCCACUGUUGGGCUGUUCAGUGGAGGCCACAGUGGAUGAGGUGGUCACUGAUACCUGGCUGGCCAUGUGUGUGGAGAAGGAGUGUGUUCUGCCGCUUUCCUCCAACCCUUUGUUCACCCCUGUUCCUGUGUUGGAUGGACGUUUACCUCUCAAGGAUUGCGUUCUCUCUGUCAGUCAGUUCACUGGAGCAGAGAGAGAGUCUUUGGUGGAGCUGGCCAAGCACCUUGGAGCCAAUGUUCAGGAUUACUUUGUGCGCCUGGCCAACCAGAAGAAAGGGAUGCUGGCCAGCACUCAUCUGGUAUUGCAGAGCCCCGAAGGCACAAAAUACCAGGCAGCAAAGAAAUGGGGACUUCCUGCUGUCACCAUGCGCUGGAUACUAGAGUCUGCCAGGACUGGCCAGAGAGCAGAAGAGGAACGAUUCCUGGUUGACCUGCCACCUUCACCAGAGAGGGAUGAAGAGAGUUUUGUCGGUGGUUCUCAGAAGCCGACCAUGCCUCCUCCAGCUCGGAUGUCUCCAGAGAUCCCUUUGCUAGGUCUGCAGAGCGGAAAGGCCGUUACCCCGCUGGAUUUAGGUCGCUUUCAGAGCAAAGUGUUUCGCUCUGUUUUGGAUGAGAUGAAGCCCAAAGAAGACAUCAGCACCCCCAAACAAAACCAGGAGGGUGGAAGAAGAAACCCCCUUCAAAAGGAGCCCUCCUUGCAGCUGGACACUCCCUCCCGUUUCCUCAGCAGAGACCAGCUCUUCAGGCCCUCUUUUAAUGUCAAGGAUGCACUUGGAGCUUUGGAGACUCCAGGUGGGAGAUCCAAGCCAGGAGAGAGGGUGGAGACUCCACUGACUGAUGUCAUCAACAGGAACCUGAAGGUUGCUCUGGCUAAUAGCACCCGCAAUCAAGUCUCAGAUAUGCAAGCAGUCUCAGCUAGCCCCCAGCUUAUUAAAACCACUGAGAAGCAGGCUCCAGAAAAAGAAACUGGUCCCCUGACAGGCGUUGUUAUUUGUGUGGGAAAGAAGCUGAGCAAAAUGCAGAGUGAACUAAAUGCUAUUGCUGCCUCGCUUGGAGCCGACUUCAGGUGGGCUUGUGAUGAUACAGUGACACACUACAUCUACCAGGGACGUGUGGGGGACAACACCCGGGAAUACAGAGGAGUGAAGGAGAGAGGACUGCAUGUGGUCUCUCAGUACUGGCUGCAGGCUUGUGCUGAGGAGCAGAGGCAUGUCCCAGAGUCACUGUAUCCUUUCACCUACAACCCCAAGAUGAGCCUAAACCUGAGCCAGGUGCCCAGCUGCUCUCAGAAAUCUCCACCUUUAACACGAACACAACUCAAAGACAUCACUGAGGCAAAGGACAACAAAUCUGAGCACAAUACCACAGAGGAAGCUACAACCCCACGUCGUAUAAGUGAUGGAAGUGUGGAUCCAGAGGAGAUGAAUGAUACUACAGAAAGGAGUGACAUUUCAGAGACUCUGGAGAUGAGAGAGAACUUGCAUAGACAGCUCCAGGAGAUCAUGUCAGCCACUAAGCUGACGACAGGGAGGCGUACCUCAGUCAGACUCAGCAGGAUGGGGUCUGGAGGUGCCGAUUCAGGGCCCCACACACCUGACGGGAGCCGAGUUGGACGUAGCAGUAGCAGACGUACUCUAGAAGCUCUGAGAGUCUCCAGAGAAGCAGUCAUGGACAUAAACACAGAGCCAUCCCAGAGUGAGCAGAUAGUUUGGGAUGACCCUACAGCCAGGGAGGAGAGGGCCAGGCUGGCUGACAAUUUACAGUGGCCUGGCAGUCCCUCACAGCAUUCAGAGACCUUCGUACCACCAGCUCCCCCCACUGCAGAAAACUGCCCCCCGUUCAGGGACUCCAUGACAGACUCUGAGCUGGUGGAGAUGGCCGCUUGUGAUGUCAUUGACCAGCACAUGGGUCAGAAAGUCAUGACUCCUCCAUCACUGAAAAAGAGGGAAAAUGACAUCCUCACUCCUAAAGCCCCCAGCAUCGCCUUUCCUCUCGCCAACCCCCCAGUAGCACCAGAGCCACAGGAGGAACAAGAGGAAGAAAAGCAGCCACCCAGAUUUCAGCUAUCCUCCCUCAGCCCUCAGGAACGCAUUGAUUACAGUCACCUCAUAGAGGAGCUUGGUGGUGUAGUCCUGGACAAGCAGUCUUUUGACCCCAGCUGCUCCCACAUCAUCGUAGGGACUCCUCUGCGCAACGAGAAGUACCUGGCAGCGAUGGCAGCUGGCAAAUGGAUCCUGCACCGCUCGUAUCUGGAGGCCUGCCGAUCUGUGGGUCGCUUCAUCCAGGAGGAGGAGUAUGAGUGGGGCAGUAGCUCCAUCCUGGAUGCAUUGCCCUCCAUCACCUCCCAACAGAGGAGACUGGCAUUGGCUGCCAUGCGCUGGAGGAGAGCCCUACAGGGACGCUCUGAACACGGGGGUGCCUUCAGUGGAUGGACAGUCAUGCUGAACAUCGACCAGAACAGAGAAUCAGGCUUUAGGCGGUUACUGCAGUCUGGUGGAGCGAGGGUCCUGCCCAGCCCCUCCCCAUCCUUAUACAAAGAAACCACUCACCUGUUUGCAGACUUCAGUCGGCUGAAGCCUGGAGACUUCAGAGUCGAUGUAUCAGAGGCCACCUCCCAAGGAGUCACCUGCUUGAAGCCAGAGUACAUCGCAGACUACCUCAUGCAGGAGCCAACUCCACCCACUGAGCUCUAUAACCUGACAGAGGCUCCCCCCGAAGAAACUCCAGGCACUCCGUCACGUAAACGUAAAGCAGCAGCCGACACCUCCAGGCUGAAAAAGAGCCGUUUGAACUGAAAUGUAAAUCCUAAAUAUUGUCGUCACAGUCUUCAUCUCUGUGAAGAUGAUUGUAAAUGAGACUUUUUUAUUUCAUGUAUGAAAAUAAAAUGAAUGUAGCACUGGU